AUGAUACCCAACCGGUUCAACUCUCGAGCACUCUCUAUAAAAGACCUACUGCUGCCUCCAGAAUCUGCCACACAGCAGCAAUUGAACGUGGUGUCACCAGGAUCUACUGAAGAAGCCAUUGUGACUCGAAGCACGGAUCCUGAAGAAGUGAACACAUCCCCUUCCGCUAAUGUAGCUGAUGCGAAAAGAAUUCCUUGUCAAUGGGACUUUUCUGGCUCCACGGCCGCAGCUCGUAAGCGGAAAUAUCAGGCUCAGGCAUCACAAAGACAUCGCGAUCAAAUCAAGCAGAAGCAGAGCUUGAUGGCCAAUGUCGCUGCCUACUCGGGCGAGGUUGACAAGCUUUCGUAUUUGGUGUCACAGCAAAGAGCGCAAUUGCAUAUGCUGAAUAAUUUCAAAGAACUUGUGUGGGCCAAGGAUACAGAUCGUGCCCUGGCAUUUCUCGGUCGUCAUCCACAGGUACUUCCCAUCUAUGUUCUUGAACUCCAACAUCGGCUCAUCCCCUCCAUAGCCGCUCCUGUUAGAUUCUCCUACCUUGCCUCAAUGCCGUGGAGCAACCCUUGCAUGGAUUUUGAAGUGCAAUUCUACGACGGAACAGCAGGGCAGGUGAGAUGGCAAGUGAAAGUGCCAUUGCGGUUGCAGGCUGCGCCCGAUUUCCAAAUCCAGGAGGAAGAAGAAAAAGCCGAGUUUGCUAAGAGUCUGUUGCCUACGGUAGAGUGGGUGUUCUUCGAAAGUUUGAAUAUCGCCAAAGAAAAUUCUAUGCAGUUGGUUCCGGAUAGGAUGAACACGAGUUUGGUUAUUCUAGAGAAUGCGGUGUUUUAA